CAGCCAUGGCAUCAAAGCCCAUUGAAGUGGCAGCCUUAGGAAGACCUCUGUUUCCUGGGAUGCUUUAUGACUGCCGCAGUGAUUCCUUUAUUCCAGGUGUUACUCUGUGGGAUAAGAAAUCACUAAGCGAAGAUUUGGAUACCCGUCCACAGCUCCAGACAGAUUUGAAGUUCAGUAGCUCUGACUCUCUCUCUAGUAAGUCCAGUCUUCUGGAUAUAAGUGCUUCUCUGAAGGCCAGCUUCUUGGGGGGGCUGGUGGAGGUGGGAGGAUCUGCCAAGUAUUUGCAUGACACCAAAUCCUCAAACCAACAGUCCAGAGUGACAAUGUAUUACAGUGAGACAUCCAGAUUCGAGCAGCUCACUAUGACACAGCUGGGCAAGAUCACCUACCCUCGAGUGUUUGACCAGCAAACUGCAACUCAUGUGGUUACAGCUGUACUUUAUGGUGCUCAGGCCUUCAUGGUGUUUGAUCGGACAUUUUCAGAAGAGGAAAACAAGCAGAAGAUUGAAGGAGAACUAAAUGUCAUGGUCAAGAAGAUCCCUUUAUUUUCAGUUGAAGGAAAGGGAGCUGUACAAAUGACAGAUGCUGAAAAGGAAAUGGUUGAGAAGAUCACCUGCACAUUUCAUGGUAAUAUCUGUCUUGAGCAAAACCCCACCACAUACAUGGAUGCCCUGGAUUUGUACAAGCAGCUCCCCACUCUGUUGAAGGAGAGUCCAAAGAAAGCAGUUCCUAUAAAAGUCUGGCUUUAUCCUCUUCACCUACUGGAUAAUAAAGCAGCUCAGCUAGAGAGAGAAAUCAGCACAAGCCUUGUUUCCAGCACUCAAGAUAUAAUGGAUGGGCUGGAGGAGGCAGAGAGGACAUAUAAUGACCUGUCCAGAAAUACACUGGUAAAUGUUUUUAGUGACAUCAAAGAGAAACUGCACUCAUUUCAGGAAUCAUUUAACAUUUACAGGACGGUGCUCCGGAAAGAAGUGGCCAGGGUUUUGCCUGCCAUUCGAGGAGGAGGAAUGGAGGAGAAAUCACUAGAAGAAAUCUUAAAGAUCUACAGGAACUCACCUUUUAAUGAUGGGAUGCUUAACCAGUGGUUAAAUGAUGCAAAGUCUGAAUUUAGCAUAUUAAGUUCUUACAUCAAGAAGCUGGAGGGAAUCAAAACUGAAGAUUCACAUGGUCUCAUCACCAUCCUCCAUGAUCCUGAUAUUUAUUUUGUGGUGUGCUUCACCUUCACAUCUCUGAAGAAUGAAGACCUGUAUCUUGAAAAACUACAGGGGUUUCUCAAACCUGACACAUUUGAAAAGCUAGAUGUGGAAGAAAACAUGGUUUCCAUGGCAUCUGUCGAAAAGUGGUUCAGUGAUCCUGAUGUCACAAAAAAGAUGAGAGAGAACUUAUCUCUUUUCAGAUGUUUUUCAGAGGCCAAUAAAGAUGACAAACGUAUGUGUUUCAUUAUUUCUGCCAUCUCUGAUCCCUCCAAUAAAGGCUCCUCCAUCUACCUGUAUGAACAAGGGAAUCUGACAAACACACAUUUCCAGCCCGUGUCCAAACCGCCCCCUCCGGUAGUGAAGGAUGUCCAGGACCAAACUGUAUCCCUAAAACUGCAGAAAUCUCCAACAGGGGAAACAGUGCAGUACAGAGUGGAGUACAAGCAGUUAAAAGCAGAUUGUGGACCUGAAGAACAGUGGCUUGUCAUAAACACAGCUGAUGAAUACUUUACUCUGACUGGAUUGGAGUCUGGAAAACCGUACUUGAUCCGCUACAGGAUAGUGAGUAAAGUGGGAGUGAGUGAAGCCAGUGACACUGUCAGCCCCAUACCAACUUCAGCACAACGUGUGAUUGUGGGUGGGACAGAAGGUAGUGAAGUCACCUAUAUGACCCCUUCCAUCACCACCAUUAAGAAGAUCAGCAUUUAUAGUGUUUUUAUUCCUGGGAUUAUCGUCGGACCUGUGAAAGCAAUCCAAGUGUUUUUUAAAACUGGUCACAUGAUCAAAGUUGGGGACACUGCAGGAUUUUUAGAAGAAUUGCUUUUUGAUGACAAUGAUAAAAUCAUUGCUGCAACACUGUGGCCAACUGAAGAUAAGAAAAGACUUGGUGGGUUGGAAUUUGAGGUUGCCAAAAGUGAUGGUACAACAACAAAAUUGUCUACUCAGCCUAAAGAACGCCGUGGUGAGCCCGUGAAGAUUGAUGUGAAGUCUGGAAAAUGUAACGGUAUUACAGCGAGAAGUGGAGGUUGCAUUAAUGCUCUGGGCUUCUACUUCAUUUAGAUGCCUCAAACUGUACAUACAUAUCUGUUGCUGGAAGUAUCCAAAUAAUAAACUGUUUUGCAGAGUUCAUAUACUAAACACAUACUUAAGUUAAUGCAUGCAUCAGAUUUUAUGAAUAAAAGUCAAAUAUCAGAUUUGAUAACACUUUAAAAUACUGUUCCAUUGUCCAUGAAUAAAUACAUAGGAACCAAUGACUAAUGCACUAUUAACACUGUAGUAACUACUAUUACCUAACAAGAAACUCUGAUU